AUGAUAGACUUUUCUCGCGUUCAGAAGGAGCUUGUCGAAUGCCGUAAAGACGCUGCCGGAUCGGGGAUUCAGGUUAGCCCUAAAAGUGAUAAUCUCGUUAACUUGAUCGGAACGAUUCCUGGACCUACCGGAACUCCUUACGAAGGGGGUGUUUUUCAGAUUGAAAUCACAAUACCUGAUGGAUAUCCAUUUGAACCCCCAAAGAUGAAGUUUACAACCAAAGUCUGGCACCCAAACAUCAGCAGCCAAAGUGGAGCUAUUUGCUUGGACAUCUUGAAAGAUCAGUGGAGCCCAGCACUGACUCUGAAGACUGCACUACUUUCUGUGCAAGCACUUCUUUCUGCUCCUCAGCCUGAUGAUCCUCAAGAUGCUGUUGUGGCACAGCAGUACCUCAAAGACUAUCAGACAUUUGUCAAUACUGCUCGCUACUGGACAGAAAGUUUUGCCAAGACAUCAUCUCGUGGAGUUGAAGAUAAGGUACAGAAACUGGUUGAGAUGGGAUUUCCUGAAGCUCAAGUAAGGAGUAUUUUGGAAGCCGUUGGUGGUGAUGAAAACUUAGCUCUUGAAAGGCUGUUGUAG